CCCUCACACCGGUCUGGGUGCCACCUCUCCCUGCCCGGGCGCCGCCGCGCGAGCGCUUCCCUUCCCCCUGCUAGCGCCCGGAUAAUGUCUGAGAAUGUCCAUUUCUGGGACGCUUAGCAGCUAUUAUGUCGACUCGAUCAUAAGUCACGAGAGUGAGGACGCGCCUCCAGCCAAGUUUCCUUCCGGCCAGUACGCGAGCCCGCGGCAGCCGGGCCACGCGGAGCACCUGGAGUUCCCCUCCUGCAGCUUCCAGCCCAAAGCGCCGGUGUUCGGCGCGUCCUGGGCGCCCCUGAGCCCGCACGCGUCCGGGAGCCUGCCGGCCGUCUACCACCCCUACCUCCAGCCCCAGGGCGUCCCGCCGGCCGAGAGCAGGUACCUCCGCACCUGGCUGGAGCCGGCGCCGCGCGGCGAGGCGGCCCCGGGCCCGGGCCCGGCGGUGAAGGCGGAGCCGCUGCUGGGCGCGCCGGGGGAGCUGCUCAAGCCGGGCGCGCCCGAGUACAGUUUGGAAACUUCGGCGGGCAGGGAGGCCGUCCUGUCUAAUCAAAGACCCGGCUUCGGGGACAAUAAAGUUUGCGAAGGAAGCGAGGACAAAGAGAGGCCGGAUCAAACCAACCCUUCUGCCAACUGGCUGCACGCUCGCUCUUCCCGGAAAAAGCGCUGUCCCUACACCAAAUACCAGACGCUGGAGCUAGAGAAGGAGUUUCUGUUCAAUAUGUACCUCACCAGGGACCGUAGGCACGAAGUGGCCAGACUCCUCAAUCUGAGUGAGAGACAAGUCAAAAUCUGGUUUCAGAACCGGCGGAUGAAAAUGAAGAAAAUGAAUAAGGAACAGGGCAAAGAGUAAAGACGCCCCCUCCCCUUCCCACUCCUUCCCCAUCUCACGCUUAUUUAUAAGGUGGCUGCAGAGCCAGUGCUGUCUGGGAUGUAUUCAAGUGGAUGGGGAAGGGAGUCUUUCCCUUCCAAGUCCUUUCCUGCGACCUAGAGCCUCUCUCCUUUCUUCCGCUCUCACCAGCCCUCUUCUCCCUAGACCUCAGGAGAAAGUUUUGUUAAUUUAGAAGGUAGACGUAGUUGGUUCUUAAGAAGGGAAUGGGCCACAAGGAAAGAGAGACCCUAGUUGAACCCCUAGCAACCUGCACCCCCCCCCCCAGUUUUUCUGGGAAGCCCCAGCCCCUCACUUCCAGCCUGCCUAUCCCAGUGCCACCCAGGGACACUCCAGCUGCACACAGCCCAGCAGAUGCCCUCAUACAUGAAGCCUGGGGCCCACAGUAGUGACAGGGAGAGCUCACAGCCAACACUCAAAUGCAGUAGCCUCCCUAGUGCAGACCAUCGCACGGGCAAAUCUAUUAGAACAGCCAUUCUACCCCUGAUGCAAAGACAGGGCAAGAUGUCUAGAGACACACUCCUGAACGAGGCACUGCAGCCCAUGAGGCUGAAUGUCACCACGCCACCCCCACGGAACCCCCAACAAGGGGGACAAAACUCGGCCCCCAAGCUGGUGGGCUGGAGGGGAGAAGGAAAGGCAGCGUCGUCUUAGGAGGGUAUCUUAGGUUUUCUGAAGGCAUUCCACACAUUUUGUUGCAGGAAAUGUUUAAUUCUGCAUGUUGUUUUCCUCUCCUUCCAACAAAAGGAGGUCAGAUCGUGGGUCGUAAGCCUUGCCAAUGUUGUCCACCCGUUCAUCCGUGUCCCGCUUGUCUGCGACUGUAGCCCCUCUUGCUCGCCACCGGCCCUGCAUCCUUCCGCAUCCCCCCAGCUCCGAAAUCAACUCUGGUUGGCCAAAUCCACCUUGCACCAGCGAGUCAAGCCGCCCCUGGCGGGAAACCCUCCCCUCCAUCCCUCUAGGUCCGCCCUGCCUUAGGCAGGAAAGCCAGGGCGGAGAGUUCCGUGGAGAAUUGAUUGAGAAUCGAUUCCUGAACGCCCUUCCUGGACAAGUUGUGGCGGACAAGGAGGGGCAAAGGCUCCCGAGCGCGCGCGGGCCGGGGCGCAUUCCUCCCCAUGCUGCCCAGGUCCCGACCCACUCGGAGGAGGAGCCGCGGGAACUGGCGGCUGCCGCCCUGGCGCAGAAAGAGACAGGCCCGGGCGCCGAUCUGCGAUCAGCUCCGGGCCUGGAUGGCGACCUGCGCGGCUGCUUCCCGCACGCUUCUGGGGAUCAGUCCCGCGUGCAAAGGAAAAGGCGGAAAGGCACCUAAGCUUCCGGCCCAAGCUGCCUCUCGGCUUCCCGGCCGCCCCCUGCUGCCCCACCUCGCCAGUCCCUUUCAAUUCCAUGGACUCUUGCUUCUGCGCCUCCCGCCCUGGCAAGGGGACAUUCCAGUAGAACUUCUUUUGCUUCGUCAGUGGCUGUGAAAUUGUGCUGUGUUUUGUGAUUUCUUUGGGGGUGAUUGUCUCGCCUGUUUUCAGUUGUCUCUUACA